UAAGGUCUGUCAGCUUCGUUUCUUAGCAAUAGAGCUGCCAGACUCCGCGGAUCCGCCGCUUACAGCACCGAAACUUGGACACCACGGAGGUUUAGCAGUGCGCUAAAACAACACGAAAACGGCAGAAAUAAGGCAUGGCAGCCAUAAGGAAAAAGCUGGUGAUAGUGGGAGAUGGAGCGUGUGGAAAGACCUGUCUGCUCAUAGUGUUCAGUAAAGACCAGUUCCCCGAAGUCUACGUGCCCACUGUCUUUGAGAACUACAUUGCAGACAUCGAGGUGGAUGGCAAACAGGUGGAGUUGGCCUUGUGGGACACAGCAGGUCAGGAAGAUUAUGACCGUUUGAGACCACUCUCCUACCCAGACACGGACGUCAUCCUUAUGUGCUUCUCCAUUGACAGCCCUGACAGUUUAGAGAAUAUUCCAGAAAAGUGGACACCAGAGGUGAAACACUUUUGUCCUAACGUUCCCAUCAUUUUGGUGGGGAAUAAGAAGGACCUGCGGAACGAUGAGCACACACGGAGGGAGCUGGCUAAGAUGAAGCAGGAGCCUGUUAAACCAGAAGAAGGCCGGGACAUGGCUAACCGUAUUAGCGCCUUUGGUUACCUGGAGUGCUCAGCCAAGACCAAAGAGGGCGUGAGGGAAGUGUUUGAAAUGGCGACUAGGGCAGCAUUGCAAGUCCGGAAGAGGAAGAAGAGGAGCGGAUGCUUGAUCUUGUGAGAAACUUCUGGAAUCUUUCAGAAGCAUCCAGCAAUUUCCGUAUGGCAUUCAACUGACCAGGAAAAACCAACUGAAUUUUUAACCAAACAGCAUCUAUGUACUGUACUGUAUGUCACAUACGCAUCAAAAGGACCAAGACUGGGCAGUAAUGCGCGUUAGAACAAGAUAUGCCUUGAUUAUUUAGUUGUACCUACCUGCCUCACAACGGGUCUUUUGUGCUCCAGAGUGAGAUUUCCGCCUGAAUAUGAGGUAGAUGAUUGAUUUAAAUAUGUUGUAUGCAUUCACACUAACUGUAUGUCUUUAGUCACUGCCCUGAUAAUAGUUAUUAUAUCCUAGAUGUGGCAUGAGGACCUUUUCAUUUGAACUUCACUGACAUUAUACGAGAUAUUAACAAAGCACAGCAUGUGAUAAUGGAAUUGGUGCCUUUGUGAGUUUUCUUCAGAUUUGAAUGUAUUUGCACAGCACUAGUUUGGCACUCCUCUUGAAUGUCGGUAACUUGGCUUAUUCAACUAUGCUUCCCUCACAGAGUGGUGGUGGUGGUGUAACCCAGUCAGAUAUAUAGGUGUGGAUGGGUUUAAAUGCAAAGAAAGUUACAGCCUAGUACAACUGUAUCUGUACUUCUCUACACUUUAGAUAUUGCUCUGACAUGGGUUUUCAGUAUUCUGAGCUACAGAUGCUGUCUGGUUGUGCUGUAUAACGCUUUGAUUAGUAGCAGUUUGAGAUCAGAUCUAAAUUGGUCUAAUAAACAAGAGAACCUCCUUUGCAUGGGCCAGUUGGCUUGAAGGGUCUCCUUCAAUACAUCCCAAAAGAAUGGCAGUGAUCAUAAUCACACCAGACAGAUAUUUGGACAGUUUGGCAUUUGAUAGUGCUUAGUGGCCUUUAGUGCCGCUACACACUGUAGCUUUUGACUUGCGUGCCUUCAGUUGUCUUUUGAGUUGCUCACUCUCAUCACAGGUAUUGAAUAUAGUGUUGGAGUUGGUGUUAAGAAAUUCUGAGUCGUUAAUAUAUGAUCAGUGUUCUUGUGUUGCAUGCCAGUAGUCAGGUAGUAGUGGUAGUCCGUCCUAUUCGUGUGACAUCAUCUGUUGCUGAUUUGUGCAAGGAAGAAAUGAGUUUACUGCCCCCUGGUGGUGAGGAAUGGUAGGGGUCACUGGCAAAUGACUUCUGUGCUUUGUUUCUUUAUUUGUCAUCUUUAUUGUAAAUAUCCCAGAUUUACAGACUAAUCAUGGACAGAGCACCAAGCUAACAGUAUGGGAUGGUUUGAUAGCAGAACAAGUGAGUUUAUAGUUUACCAUGGAUGCAAUGCCAAGGAAUUUAGGUUUAGAGGGCAUUACACAAGACCAGCUUAUUUGGCAGUUAAAAGGCACCAUAAAAUCACAGACAACACAAUAGAGGAGCACAGUGUCUACACCUUUUUUUUUCUUUUCUGUUUGCCUGUUUGUUUUGUGUUUGUUUUUUUUUUGUUUGUUUGUUUGUUUGUUUUUUUGGGUAAGCAAAAACACUAAAUAACAAUUUGCGUGAUCAAAUUCUUGGUUACUCUCUUCUUAGAACAAACUUUUGCUUUAAAAUGAUCUUCCUUUUUUUAUCUGGAAGUAUGGAGUAUGAACUACUUCAGAUUUAUAUGAGCGCUCAUUGUAAUAAUUCUUUGUAAGCAGGACAAGCAUUGCAGUGAAUGUUUCAUUGAAGUGAAAUCAACCCAUGUUAAUAAACUUUUUUUUUUUCUUUUU